CGUGAGUAACAUUAUAUUUUUUCCACAAGGACUUUUUCCAUAUAUUAUCGUAUUUGAAACUACAUGAUCCUAAAUCUGAGUCCCAACACUUCACACCCUCCGUUUUCAAAAUCCAGUUAGAGUGUCGCGCGGGGAAGCACGAGUCUUAUCUCAAAUCUGAGUGUUGGGCAUCAAAUUUGGCAUAUAUCUGAGUGCGCGCGCCCAAAACAAUGUUGACCGACAAGAUCCGCCUCUCCGGCCCCGAAACCACAGACCCAGAAGACUACUUGGGUCAAUCUCUGGGCGUAAUCUUCCCGGACGACAUCACCAACCAGCACGGCGACCUCGACCACGCCGUAAUCUACCAAUCACCUCGCUUCGGCGACAUCAAGCUCGAGCUGGCCGAUCCCCAGGGCGCCGAUAACCGCAAACUCUUUUCCCACUUCCUAUGGAACGCUGGGAUCCAGCUGGCGGAGUUCAUCGAGGAGGAGGGGGACUGGGAUGUGAGGGGGAAGAAGGUGCUCGAGCUGGGCGCGGGGACCGGACUUUCGGGGAUUGUGGCGGCGAGGGCGGGGGCGGAAAGUGUGGUUAUCACUGAUUAUCCGGCGCCCGAGGUCGUGGCGAAUGUCAGGAAGAAUGUGGAGGUGAACUUACCGGAAGAGAUGAGGAUAGGGAGGGAAGGGAAACCAGCAACUUGUCUUGUAGAAGGUCACGAGUGGGGGAGAUUGUCUGAGGAUGACAGUUUCGUGCAGGGCCACAAGGGUAGCUUUGACGUUAUCCUGGUCGCCGAUUGCCUGUGGAUGCCAUGGCAGCAUAAGGAGUUGAUGAAAAGCAUAGCCUGGUUUCUAAAUCCUGGUGGAAAGGCUUGGGUGGUCUCCGGCUUCCACUCUGGUAGGGAAAAGAUGGCUGGUUUUUAUAACGCCGCAUUGCUCACUGAGCACGGUAUGGAGGUGGAAUCAAUAGUUGAGAGGGACCCGGAAGGGCGCGAAAGGGAAUGGGUCACUGAAAGAAAGUUUGAAGGUGUGACGGAUACGGAGAGGAAGCGCUGGCUUGUUAUUUCAGUGCUGAGGAAGAGAGGAUGAAGGCGCUGGGAGUUGUGGUCGAUGGGUGAGACUGGUCUUUGAAGAAGCAUUGCCAAGGGGUCUUGGGACUGGGCUAAUCCCCGCGCCAAGCGAGUCCAGCCCAUUUAUGAGGAUUAAGUUACAUAAGAAGGGUUGGGAAAGGUCGAAUAGAGUCAAAGGUCGAAAUUAAAUGGCCAUUGGUUCGAUAGUAAUGUCCCAGGCUCAUGGGUGAUCUGCAUUGUUGCAUCUUGUGUCUUUUGGAAGACUAGUUGGUGGUUGACGCUAUAAAAACAUCUCCGAAAUAUUGACAGAAAAAUAAUAAACAAUAAAAAUAAACAAAAGGACGUUUAAUAGACACAUAAAACCACCGAC